GUCAGUUGUUUAAUGUGAUUUUCGCGAGAUUCGACAUCAUACGAAGAGAUUCAUAUGGAAAUAUGAAUCCGCAGGUUUUCGCUUGUCACUGGAAAACAAGUUGAGACGAUUGUACAGAUUACCGCACAGUCGUUAAACCCGUGUUCAAGAGCUGUUUUAUACUACUUGAAGUCAUCACGCCACGUAGUUCCGUAAAUUGUAAGAUGACUUCCACCAGGAAGUAGCAUCACUAUAGAGCACAUCGUCAUUAAAGCAUUUGUAUACCUUGGUUGGAUAAUAUUGCAAAGACAUUUUCAACGGCUUAAAUAUACCGAAGAAAUGGUUAAACUAACUUUUUUCGUUUACCUGUAUGUCAUUGGGUUGUGCCUUACCGAUUUGUCCAACGGGAAACCAUUGGCUAGAGUCCAACGGUCGAAGAAUCCUAAAGUGACCUCAUUAAAAACAGCCAGAGCGAUUAUCACCCGGGACGAAUUGGUGGCAUUGGCUCAAUAUGCAAUGCGAAUGAUGGCUUCGAGAAUUAACAUCACUCUUCAACCGGCGACAAUUUCUAGUGAUCCUCCGGAACGUUCGGACCAUCCCCGUGUCACUUCUGGCAUCGACAGGCCCACGAUCACUACUGUACGGCCUCCAAGUGUUCCGGGGGUUCGUGAGAAUGUAAAGCAAACACAUCAAGUAUUCAAUGAAUAUGUGAAUCGGAAGUUACAAGAUCCUCAUCAAAGAGUCGAAGGAGCGGAGAACUUUGCUGUGUUUUCACAAAAUCCUUUGAAGUUCUCUGUUGGCCAUCGUGUCCAAUUGGCAACUGAAAAUCUGCCAACGAAAAGUGAGCUAUUUACCGACUUUUUGGAAAGUGAUACAGAUUCUUUUCCAAAGGAAUACAAUAUCGAAUUCGUACCACAACUGGCGUAUAUUCCACGAACGGAGACAAGUACCGGAGUCAUAUCGUCCGUGGAACAUCAAAUCAUUCCAAAUAAUGAACUGCUUCCCUUAUCGAAAUAUGUUGUACUAGCAGAUGGAAAUAAAAAUUUUGGCCCGUCAAGCAUUCGAGUCACAAACCUUACUGUAGAAAAUAUUUCACCGCCAGAACGAAGAAGUGCCUUGAUGUCAGUUCCUUUCGAGGCAAUAAUAACUUUCGCUAGACAAAAGCCAGCAGCAUCACCCAAGCUGGACGUUGAGGUUAUUCCAACUAGGGAUCCUCCUGAUGACUUCCCUCCAUAUUCUGGAAUGAUUUUGCCGAUGGAAAGAAAGACCAGUAAUUCUAGGAGUGCUUCACUGAUUUCCAUGCCAGAAAAUUAUCUCAAUCCGGCAGAAUACACCAUGAACGAAGUGAACGCUGACAAGCUAGACGAAGAUUUCAAGCCCAUGAUGAAACGACAGGCACAAAAGAAGAGUGUAUUAUUGGAAAUGCUUGGUGCCCCUGCAAAAAAUUCAGGAGAACAUCGCAAUGGCGGUGAAGAAAUGACGACACCGUCACCACCUGAUAUCAACACCUCUACGAUCAUGAAUGUCACUGGGUCUCCAAGUGCUCAACUGAAGGAGGGCAACACAGUCUCGCCUAAAACCGGUCCGAUGUCGCAGAGACAAGAAAUCGAGGAGGAAGAGGAAGAUGAGGGAUCACUUGGGUCUCUUGCUGACCUAUUACCACUCGUUACGCCCAUCCUGGAGGACCUUAGUGACCCCAAUUCGGACACGGACCUCGUCGAACUUUUUGAAGCCGGUAUACCUUUAAUAGAGGGCUUGUCACAAGGUGACGAAGAUGGUGAAGGCGCCAUUGACCUGGUCGGAAUUAUUUCACCUAUCAUAGCAAGUUUGAGUGGGCCAAAUCAAAACGGUAAUGGAACCGUUUUCCAAGCUAUCCUGCCACUGAUCCUUCCACUAAUCAGUCCGUUCAUCGGGCCCAUUGUGGGGCCCAUAAUUCAGUCAAGCAGUAGCCCUGAUCACCAGAGCGGGUCAUCGAUUACACCACUGAUCCAAGCCAUCGCUGGACCACUCAGCCUGCCGGCACAACCCGGAGGCAUUUCCAUAGCGUCCAGCCUGAUCGCUGGAAUCAUAGCCAGCCUGAGCAAGGAUUUGAAAGCUGGUGCCCAAGGCGGAUCUGACAUCAGUGCGGCAAUAAGUACACUCGUUUCAGGAGUAGUAGCGGGCGGAAGUGCGGGGCUCAGUGCAGGACACAUGAAGCAACCGCGACCAACGCGGGCACAUCACGGAUACGGAACUUAUGGCCAGGGUCCAGUCCCCGCUAGCAGCGUCGAUACCCUGGAUCUGGUAGGCUCCUCGAUCAAAGAUACUCUGGGCCUGUCGCUGCAGCUGGCCAAGUCCGUAUUCUCUUCAGUGACGGAAAUUUUGGGUGCCUCAUCAGCGGAACAUCAUCGACCCGUUUACGGGCCUCCGAAAGCUGAUCAUCGUGUAACGUAACUUUAAACUUGGCCAUUUGAAAUUAUCAUUUUAGAUACGUGUUGUGUGAAGUUAUAAAUUUAUAAGAGAUUCAUCGUUGUUUUGAA